CGGCCGCUGAGCGUGGCGUCCGCGCGUCCCCGCGUCCCGUGCCGCGUCCCCGGAGGAGGCGGGGGCCGCAGUCCGCCCAGCUCCCCGUGCGCCCCGAGCCUGCGCCGGGCGGCGCUCCCCAGGCUGACCGCGAGUCGCCGACCGGGCUGCGGAGGACGGCCACCGACCGGAGGACCCUGGCUGCGCCGGCUGCGCGUCCCCACUUGGAACUUUUUGCCGCCUUGGGACUCCAGACGCGAGACUUGGGGCUGGGGGACACGUACAUCUGUACAUGUGUGUGAUCUAAUAAAACAUUUCCUCCUCUUCUUGAAGCCGCAGCUUUUUAUGACAGCGCCUGUAUGUCAGAGACACUUGCCUUCUUCUUUGGGUUAUAAACUUUUGAUGCCAGAGCACUGCAGAACGUGCCCAACUGAAUCUUAAAGUCGCGUCUCGAAGAGAGAGACAGAGAAAGCGCAAUCUGUGACCUUCAUCCCCGCACCUUGCUGCCUCCUCUCCCCUCCUGGCUGCCUCCCUCCUCCCCAGGGGAGCGUCGAGAAAGCUCUUUUUGGAUGCAGGAGGGGGCAUCUGGUUCUGCUAGGCUGGCAAGCUGAGGCAGGAUCUGAGGAAGAAUUCUUAGACUCCGGAGCUCCUGGACUCCUCUCUUCUCCUUCCCCCUGCUCCUGGCGAGCUCUGCCCCUUCCCGCCUCCCCGCACAGCUUCCCUAGCCGGCUGGUGCUCGCGGGGUGGGGGACCAGGACCGUGCGGCUGCCGGAGUUCUGGGAAGUUGUGGCUGUCGAGGAUGGGGGUCUGUGGGUACCUGUUCCUGCCCUGGAAGUGCCUCGUGGUCGUGUCUCUCAGGCUGCUGUUCCUUGUACCCACAGGAGUGCCCGUGCGCAGCGGAGAUGCCACCUUCCCCAAAGCUAUGGACAACGUGACGGUCCGGCAGGGGGAGAGCGCCACCCUCAGGUGUACCAUAGAUGACCGGGUCACCCGGGUGGCCUGGCUAAACCGCAGUACCAUCCUCUACGCUGGGAAUGACAAGUGGUCCAUAGACCCUCGUGUGAUCAUUCUGGUCAAUACACCAACCCAGUACAGCAUCAUGAUCCAAAAUGUGGAUGUGUAUGACGAAGGUCCGUACACCUGCUCUGUGCAGACAGACAAUCAUCCCAAAACGUCCCGGGUCCACCUCAUCGUGCAAGAUAGCAGUUCCGAGAAUUUGAGAACUGUUUUAAAGCAAGGCAGCAAUCCAAAUGAAUUUAUUCUGAACUUGACUCCAACUAUCAUCACCACGAGGUGGGAAGCUGAUUCCUUCUGCCAACCAGAUGCCAUCGGCAGAAGGGAGUGCAGGCCCACGGGGCCCAGCUGUGUGGUCCCACCUGUCAUGGGAACAACUGAGAGACACUCUGCCACCAACCUCUCCACCUGCCCUUUCCUGUUGUAG